AUGAUACAACGAUCAACAUCAAUGGAAAUUUUUUUCAUUUUUUUCAUUUUUAUUAUUUUUAAUAAAAUAUGUUAUUCUUUAAAUUCAUCUUGUUUACCUUGUUCAUCACAUUUAUGUUAUCAAUGUUAUAAUACAUUACCGAUUGAUCGUACAAAUAUAGAAAAACUUUAUAUAAUAUGUAAUACAACUAAUAAUUUAUUUCAACAACAAGAACGUUUCUAUUCAAUAAUACAAUCUUAUACAACAAUAAAUUGUUCUAUGAAAACUCUUUAUCUUGAUCAAUAUACUCUUUGGAAUUAUCUUGAAUAUAUGUCAAUUACUUAUGCUAAUUUAACAAAUUUAUCACCUAUGAUAUUUAAUCGAUCAUUAUUAUUAUUAUCAUCAUCAUCACCCAUUUUAUAUAGUAUUAAAACACUUAAUCUAUCAUAUAAUUCAAUACGAAUAAUAAAUAAAAAUUUUUCAUAUUAUUUUCCAUCAUUAGAAAAACUUGAUCUUAGUUAUAAUCAUAUAAUACAUAUUAAAAAAAAAACUUUUAUUAAUUUAUUAUAUUUAAAAGAACUUUAUUUAAAUAAUAAUUAUUUAAAACAAAUUUUACCAAAUAUUUUUCCACAUCAAUCAUUAAAUUUAAUUAAUUUAAAUAUGAACUAUUGGCAUUGUUCAUGUACAAAUAUUCUUACACUUUCAAUUAGUCGACCAAUACCAAUUUGUUCUACACCAAAUGAAUUUCAAUAUCAAAAUAUUAGUAAUAUUGCACAACAAUGUUUUCUUCGAACAAAAGCAAAUAUUUUAAUUACUACAAAUAUAUAUAAAAAUCAAAAUUUAACUUGUGUAUUAUCUUCAAUUAUCGAUGAAUGGAAAGAUAAAAUCAAUAAAAAUAUUACAUUACUAUCAGCAUGGCAUAUUGAACAAAAUCAAUCAAUUUCAUUAGAACAUCUAUUUGUUUUAAGUGAUAAAUCCGACAAAUAUCUUAUUUGUUUUGAUUUUCAGUCUAUUCAUACAGAAGCUAUCUAUACAAUAAUUAAUCUUUCAUCUAUAAUUUCUUUACAAUCUUCAUUUACAUCAAUAAAUUUUACAAAAUUUAAUACACAAAAUUCUACAUUACUAACUUCAACAAUUAUAAAUAUUAUAUCAUCAAAUAAACUUUCACCAUUUUUUCUCUGGCUUUUUAAUACAAGUAAAAAUAUUUUACCAAAAUAUUUUCAAACAUCUAAUAAACAUGUUUUAAUUGUUUGGUUAAUUCUUCUUAUUAUUGCUUUUAUUAUAUUUAUAUUUCUUAUUUAUUUAAUUUAUUAUCAUAAAAAAAUUUAUAGACAACAAUCAGAAAAAUCUCAUUCAUUUAUUCAUUUUGAUACAAAUGCUUAUAAUUAUCAAACAUUAUUCGAUGUUAAAUUUACAUGUCAAAAUCAUAAAUGUCUCUACAAAUUUUAUACAAUCACCAUGUAUGAAAUCUAA